AUGACCCCAGUUCACCUUCUUCUUGCUUUUAUUAUCUGUCCACCAGUGCCUGUAAAAGAGCAGCAGAAAUCCAGGUCUUAUGCUUUAAGGUGAGUUUGUUUGUGUGUGCCCAUGAAUGUGUGAUUGUGCAUGUGCCACAAAUGUUAAAUCUCUCCAACCCUUUUUCUGUUUGUGUCUCUCUUAUCUCGCUCAGAAUGUUUGCAGAACUGAGAGAAAGUCAUGGCUGGCUGUGCAGCAGUUUGUACAUAAUGAAGAAAGAGACAGAUCAACAUACCAACAACCCCACCUUCCUCACCCAUCCCUGA